AUGGAUGACGAAGAUGUUGGGGUGAUGAUGGAUUACGUUGAAAAAUUUUCAAUCGACGAAGUAUUUGUGAAAGUUACCUUAAAAGAUGGACUUUUCCCUAUUGCAUUUGCUAUAGUUAACGAAGAAAACGAUGAUAACUGGGACUGGUUUUUAGCAUUGUUAAAACAGGCAAUAAACGACGAUCGUGUGUUCACGUUUAUUUCCGACAGACAACAUGGCAUUCGGGUCGGGGUUAAAAAAGUGUUUCCAGACUCUUUUCACUCCUCUUGCCUCAGACACAUGACAGGUAAUUUGAACAACAAGUUUAAAGGGGUCCCAACUGGUUACAGGGAGGCAAUCGUUAGCCAAUUUAUAUCAUGUGCAUUUGAAUUCUCAAAGACAUCGUUCGACAAGAAGAUUGAGAAGCUUAAAGCUAGUGGGUCAACCACAAUUGUCAAUUUUUUGAAUGACUUGCCUUAUCACAAUUGGGCGAACGCAUAUUUCGAAGGGCAACGAUAUGGUGAAAUGUAUUCAAAUGGAGUUGAAUCAUGGAACUCAAAAAUCCUUGAUUAUCGCGACUUACCGGUUAUGACUAUGAUAGAUACAAUUAGGAGUGAAUUGAUGAAAUGGAUGACCUCAAAGAGAGAUAAAUCAUCCAAGUGGUCGACCAUAUGUUGCCCCAACUACGAGAAAUCUUUGGGAGAUCUUGAACUCGAAUGUAGGACAUGGAAAGCUGAGAAGGCUGCAAAUGGUAUUUACGAAGUUCUUAGUGACCCGUCCAUGGUCGUAGAUUUGUCACGAAAAACUUGCACAUGUCGAAAGUGGCAGAUACUUGGGUUCCCCUGUGUUCAUGCGGUCUAUGUACUGGUCAAUGAGACGUCACAACCGUACGAUUACAUUGACAAAUUAUAUUACGCAGAAUAUUACAGGGAAUGUUAUGCCUCACCCAUUUAUCCGUUUGUGAGACACAGUUCAAGGGAUGAUGAAGUUUGCGUUUGCCCUCCUGAAUUUGAAACACGUCGUGGUAGACCAAAGAAGAAGAGGAUACCGUCUGUUGGCGAGAAGAUAAAAAGGAAAAUAAGAUGCGGGAGAUGUAAAGAACUCGGUAAUCACAACAAGAAGUCUUGUACAAAUCCGAUGUAUUCUUAG